CCGACAACCCCUUCCCUCCCCCCCCACCCCAACCAACAGCACCCACCGUCGCCGCCCACCCCGCUUACCCCCCUUCUGCUCAUGUGAGGCGGUGAGUCGCCUCCCGCCGCCACCGCCGGCGACCGAUCGACGAUCUCUUCCUUCCAACCUCGCUGAGACUCUUUUAGCCUCCGCAUUUCUCUCAUUAGCCGUAAUAAAAACGAAUUCCUCGGACGAAAUUUGGCUGGAAAAUCGACAGUAACGAUGGAGUCUCCGAGUGCCUCUGCCUCUGCCCCCGCCCUCGAUCAAAUCUCGAAGUCCGCCGCCGAGAUCCUCGCCCAGUGGAAGCAGUACGAGAAGGUGACCACCUGCAUCCUGGGAAGCGGCACCGCCGCAGCCACAGCCGCUGACCUCUCUCCGAAGACGGCGGCGGCUCGGGUCCCCACGCGGAGGGUCCACGCGAAGGGUUCGAAGAAGGGCUGCAUGAAGGGGAAGGGAGGGCCGGACAACCUGAGGUGCAGCUUCAGGGGAGUGAGGCAGAGGACUUGGGGGAAGUGGGUGGCCGAGAUUAGGGAGCCCAGCAGAGGAAGCCGCCUCUGGCUUGGGACCUUUCCGACUGCCCUCGAGGCUGCUUUGGCCUAUGACAACGCGGCGAGCGCCAUGUACGGGCCCUUCGCCCGGCUCAAUUUCCCCACUAACGGUAACGACGGUAACGACGCCGUCAACGGUGGACCUGGCGGUGCCUCGAACAACACCUCGAAGGACUCCUCCAAGGACUCUUCUUCCUCCUCCGUGGCGGCUCCUUCGGCCCCUCCGCCUCCUUCUCCUCCUCCUGAGGCAGCUAAUAAAGAUGCAUUAAAUUUAGAUGGGCCAUUCCCUGUAAACUCUCAAUUGGGAGGAAUUUCACUCGAUUUGGGCAUUGCAGAGCGUCCUAGAAAACAUUCGAAGACUUCUGGUUCUUCUUUGUCAAGAGGUGUGUCAUGGCCUCUCGAUGGCAGCGAAUCUUUGAAGAUUGAGGUAACAGUACAGAACGGAAUCAAAGCAGGAAAGGAUCAUGAUAAGGAGGAGCCAGCUGAAAAGAUACUCUUUGAUCUGUCCAAAUCCAUCAUUAGCAUCAAGGAGGUCUCAGAUAAGAUUGCUGCAGAUAAGGCUGAAGGGUCUGCCGAAAGUUCGGCCGCAUCAGAGACCACCUUUGAUUCUUCUAAAUCCGUCGACAUGAUUGCUGCUAGCAGCAAAAUAACGCUCUCCGAGAGCAAAGACCUGACGAAGUGGUUAUCAAACAUGAGAAAACUUAUCCAUGGGAAGUCUGCAGAGGUUUCUGCAGAGACAGAGCUUGCCAAUCUUGUCAAAUCCAAUGAUGAAGAGAUUCAGAAGGCAAGGACCGUCCUUAAAAGCUUGAAAUCAAUGGACUUCAAAUCUGUCUCUGAGCUGGAGUUCUCAAGGAGCUUGGAGCGAGCUCUCUCCACCCUUUUGUCCGAGAAAAGUCCUGCCCCUAAUCGAUGCUCGUCUCUGUAUAAAAUCUGGGAGCAGAUUUCAUUCCUGUGCUCAUACUUCAAGCAAGCUCAGUCCGAUCUAAUGGAGGUGACCAAAAUGUACACCUUGAAGGAUUCUCUGCAGGCGGAGCUCGAUGCAAAGACUCUGAGAUUUGAGAGCUUGCAGAAGAGAGAGACCGACUGUGAUCGAGAGAUCAAGAGCCUUGAGGUUAAGAUCAGCAAGUUGCAGGCUCAGCUCAGGGAGGUGAAGGAGAUGAAAGCUGAUAACUCAUUUGAGAUGAAGAAGCUCUACAAGGAGACGGAGGAGAAGGGGGCUGUGUUCAGUCAGUACCUUCAGGAGGAGCCCAAGUGGAGGCUGAAGAAGAGGAAGGCCGAGGGAGAUAUCGAGAGGGUGGAGAACGAUUGGGAAGAUUUGAAGAAAGAUCUUCCAUUCUUCUGAAUAAGAAUUAGUUUUUCGUUUUGAUUUUCAUAUUUACCUCUUAGUUUGACUCCAUGGAACGACGAGUUAGUUUUGCUUUUUCAUUGCUCAUGGGUCGGCCAACAGGGUCCUCUUUCGGGACCUUUUGCGGUGUUAGUUUGGUAUGUACGUUGUUAGCUUGUACAUCUCAUGUGUUCUUUCAGGAACAUUUUGUUGUAUGACGAGUGCUCUUCAUUCCAGUUUCGAA